AGACCCGACGUUAGUGUACACUAAAUGUGAGCUGACGUUGCGGGUCAAACGCACUGCAGUUUAAACCAGCAGGAUAUAUAGAGAGAGAGAGGGAGGUGGAACGAAAACGCCACAGCACUGAAUUCUCCUCAUCUUCCAGCAAUGCGUGUCAUCAACAUUGGUCCAGACCCAUCUUUGGCAUAUCGGCCAGAUUUGGAUAUAAAUAAAACUAAAGAGAAAGACGACUACAGAAACUUUGAGAGUGGAAGUCUGAUCGACCGCGUGUUCAACACAUACAAGCUUAUGCACACCAAUCAGACUUUGGACUUUGUGAAGAAAAAGCACUCCGAAUGGGCCGGCUGCAACCACAAAAGCAUGACGAUGAUGGACGCCGUCAUGUCUCUGGACCAGAUGGUGGACGAGUCCGACCCAGACGUGGACUUCCCAAACUCUUUCCACGCCUUCCAGACCGCUGAAGGCAUCCGCCAGGCACACCCAGACAACGAAUGGUUCCAGUUGGUGGGUCUGAUCCAUGAUGUUGGGAAGGCAAUGGCUCUUUGGGGAGAACAACAGUGGGCUGUAACAGGCGACACCUUCCCAGUGGGCUGCAAGAUUCAAAACUCUGUCGUGUUCCGAAACAACACCUUCCUGGAUAACCCUGAUGAGAAAAAUCCAAAAUACAACACAGAAUACGGGAUCUAUGAACCAAACUGUGGGCUCGACAAAGUCUUGAUGUCCUGGGGCCAUGACGAGUAUCUCUACAGAGUUUUGAAGUUCAACAACUGCUCCAUCCCAGAGCAGGGGCUGUACAUGAUUCGCUUCCAUUCGUUCUACCCCUGGCACACCAGCGGAGACUACAUGCACCUGUGCAACGCCAACGACCUGCGCAUGCUGCCCUGGGUCCAAGAGUUCAACAAAUUUGACUUGUACACCAAGACCACGGAGAUGCCCGAGAUCGACACGCUGAAGCUGUAUUACCAGUCUCUGAUCGACAAGUACUGUCCUGGAACACUGAAGUGGUGAAACGGACAACACUGGAUUCAACAGCGACAGCAUAUAGAAACAAAGUUGGAUUAGUCUCCUUCUGCUGGUCCUUUGUAAUAAUAGUAAUAGUCUGUGUGGUUGCAUAUACAGGACUAAUCAUCUAAGAACUUAUUUAAAUUAUAGAUAGAACUUGUGAUUGUAAUAAUAGUCUGUAUGGUUGUAUAUACAUAUGACUAAUCUACAAAAUAACUUAACAUGACAGAUAUAACUUGUGAUUGAUCGUUAAACUACUCAAGCUAAUAGAAUUAGAUAACUUUAAAUUGUUACAUAUUUCAAAGAAAAUUCAGAAAUGCGUUUCUAUUUUAUUGUACUUUAUUGUGAUAAAAAAAAAAAAGUAAAAAUAUUACAUCGA